AUGUUUGAUCAGGUCGAGCUAACCGUCUCUCCUUCUUGCUACAAUUGCCUUGCCUGGUCCGCAGAUGGUGAGAUUGCCCUGGCCGCGGGUGAAUAUGUUCAGAUCCUAACGCCGAAGAAACCAACGCAGGGGAAAGAUGAAAGUGGCUCUGAUCGUCCAAAAUGUGAACCAGCAUGGCAUAUCACGCGUUUUCGCGCCAAUCUGUUCACGAACAGGGAGUGGCCCACAGUUUUCCCUCAGAACCGGGAUGAUUUCUCAAUUGGGGUUGAACUCUCGCAGAGCUCAGUAGUCGGUCUGUGCUGGUCGCCACCAGGACUCGCCAGACAUAGGCGGUGCACACUUGCAGUGCUGACUUCCAACUUGUUACUAUCCUUCUACCAGCUCGUUGAUGGAAAAUGGAUGCGAGUUGCCAUCGUCAACAAUGCCUUAGCAGCACAUUUCAACUCGUUAAUUCAUGAUGAGGGCCCGCGAUUGAGGAAGACUAACAUAAGGGAAUUCGCCUGGUGUCCACCUUUAAAGGUGCCGCAGGGCCAAAACGAUUCCGUCCCUGCUGCCGAAAGCAGAUGGGGUUUUCAAAUACUUACAAUUGCUAAUGACGACAAUGAUCUGAUUUUCCUGCAUGUUCGGAGAGCUGAAGCUGGUUCGGCUCCCUCUUCUUAUUCUUUCGAUAUAAUCUCGAUCAGCUCAAUGCAUGAUCCUGCGGCAAAAUAUCCAAUAGUUCAGUCCGGCUCGAUCCUGGCUACAUCCUUAAAGUCAAAAAUGAGGAUCUCGGGCCUGUCAUGUGGGCCCUGGCUCCUCAAACAAGAUGAGACGACACCGGACGUUUAUCAUGCGAUAGGAAAUGCAGCCGCCACUUAUGGUACCAAAAUCAAGCUGGUUAGGCUCGACGUAAAUCUACGCCGAGAUGACGAAGACUUAGAGGCUCCUUCUCGCUGGAACUUGCAGGCAACCGCUUCGGAAAACCCAGAUCUGUCAAGCAAAGAUGCUGGCGAACGCAUCUACCGCGGCCCUCUUGAGUGGUUUCAAGUGGCAGAGUCUGGGGAUAUUGGCCUAGCUGUGACCACAGUAGGAGCACUGAUGGUGGUGAGCCUCCCUCGUGACGUAUACGAGGGCAAAGAGACAUCAUCUGGAAAAAUUCGAACAAGAGAAUAUCCCCUGUUUGAAAACACCGACGCCGCUAUUGAGAAAACGGAAGCAAGGCAUUUGGAAUCUAUCAGUGCCAUGACGGUCGCAAGUGAUGAUGAGUCCAAGCUAUCCUCACUUCACUUGGGCACAUCCGGGGGACAUGCUGCAGCCAAGGAACUGAUUGAAUUCACUGAUGCUCAAGAUGACGGCCUGCUCUCGCCGCCACCUUGGAAAGCUCAGGUUGAUGAUAUGCGGGAGAGAUUCGAUAUUGACCACGAUCUCGGAGGACUAGCGAUCGGCAGAAUCUGGGGACUGGCAGCCUACGAUGGACUCAUUGCUGUUGCAUUUACUCUCCACCCCGGAGACAUGAUUGAGUACCGCACCGGCUCGCAGGAGCGCACCAGCAUUGUUUUCUCUAAGGCAAGCCUACAUCAGCAACCACAUACUCCGUCAUUCCUUCGCGAGUUGCCAGUAUUCACUUCAGACUUCCUGCGCCUCAGACGCGAGGUGGUGCUGCACUUCACAUUGCGUUCUCUCGACCAUGAUGACAGGAACCCUUGGUACCAGAAACUCGUGUACGCGGCUGCCUGUUGUGCUCUUGUGGAAUCCCAGGAUGAGUUUUUACUCCUACAAGCUAGGAAAGUCUUCGAGUGGCUUGCGACUGCUACUGGAGUUGACUUGACUGAGGAGUUAACAAAGUGUUCCUCGCCUGGAAAUAAACUCGAAUUAAAGUCCGUAGAGCAGCUUGACGGCGCUGGUGGGCACAUCUUUGAAAAGUGCGAUAUAUGCCAAGCUGGAGUAGCUUGGUAUUCAGCACAGGAAGCACAGUGCGCAGGUGGCCAUCUAUUCGUUCGUUGCAAUCUCUCAUACUUCCCUAUUCAAGAGCCGGGAGUAUCGAAGUUCUGCUCCGACUGUGGCACAGAAUAUCUCAACGAAGAUGCCCUCGCUCAGCUUCAUGGGACUGAACUUCAAAGUGCUUACAAGAAACUCUCUAACGUGUUCGACACGUGCAUAUACUGUGGUGGCAAGUUUCGUGCCUAG